AUGGCAACGAACCCGCAAGUAGUACCUGGCAAUUCAACUACUCAAGAGUACAUUGUUAGAGUUCCAAGGGACAGAAAGAAACGAUUAUGUAUGUUUAAAUUUGGUGUCAAUUCUGAUGUUGAUUUUACAAAAUAUACCAAUGUUCGUUUGGAACGUGAGAAUAAUUUGCGUGAGUAUAAGUCUGCUAAUGACAUUGAUGUCAUGCCCAAAUUUGGUGCUGGCAGUGAGUUUGGCCGUGAGGCAAAAGAAGAGGCACGACGUAAAAAAUACGGUGUGAUGUUGAAGAAGUACAAACCUGAGGACCAACCUUGGCAUAUGAAAAUUGGUUCUAAACAACAUUGUAAAAGGUACAAAGGUGUGAGAGAGGGUACAAUAUCUGACAACACCUCCUAUUUCAUCUUUACCCAGUGUGCCGAUGGAGCAUUUGAAGCUUUUCCAGUUGAACACUGGUAUAAUUUCAACCCUGUGAUUAAAUAUCGAUAUCUUAAUGUUGAGGAAGCUGAGGAAGAGUUCAAAAAGCGAGAUAAAACGAUGAAUUUGUUUUCUGUCAUGUUACGGAAGAAGCUACGACCUGAAGACACAGAUAUUGAUGUUGAUGAAGGAGAAGAGAAAAAAUUGAAGGCUAAAACUAAAAAAGAAAAAGAUUUUCUUUUAACUGAUUUGGAUGAUUGGGCUGUGAUGUCUGAUGAAGAUGAUGAUAGAGAUGAGAGAGAAGAAAGUGAUAAAGAAGAUAAACCUGAAAAAGUAACCAAAAAAGAUACUAAAUCAGCUAAGACUAAAAAGAACUCCAAAAGUAACUCAGAUGAUGAAGCCAUUGAGGAGAGUGAUGAAGGUGACUAUGAUGACAGAGAACUUGACUACAAUACAGAUUCAGCAAGUAGUGUGUCAGAAGUUGAAGAUCGUGACAAAGAAGAAAAAUAUGAAGAAAAAGGUGUAGAUGAGGAGGCUGGUUUGAGGAAACUUAUAGAUUCUGAGGCCAGCAGUGAUGAAGAGGAAAACAAAAAUGAAGAUGAAGAAAAUGAUGAAACUAAAGAUGAAAAGGCCAAAAAAGAGAGUGACAGCAGCAGUUCGUCAUCUGGCAGUGAUUCUGACUUGGAGGAAAGAUUGUUUUCUGUUGAUAGUCGUUCAAAGAAACUUCAUUCUAAAAAGAACUCUAACACUAGCCAGCAGCGAUCAGUCACUCCUACAGUUGUAGAAUCAGAAGACAAGAAUGAUGCUGUUAAAUCUGGUCAGAAAAGAAAAGCUGAACCUGAAGUGGUUACUAAUAACAAUAAGAAGGUCAGGACAGAAAGUCCAAUAACAACUUCCUCUUCCUCCAGUGAGGGUAUUUCUGAAGAGGCCAUUCGACGUUACCUGAUGCGAAAGCCAAUGAGUACUAAGGACCUGUUGCAGAAGUUCAAAUCUAAAAAACUAAACCUAUCCAAUGAACAGCUAACCACCAGCAUAGCACAACUAUUGCGCAAGAUAAACCCUGACCGGCAGAUUAUCAACAAGACAUUGUACUUGUCUCUGAAAAAGCCAGACUAA